AUUACAGCUACAUCUUUCUUGCAGAAAUCGCACGCAGAGAGGGGGAAGUGGCUUCUUUCUCGACAAACGCUAUUAUUUUCUCUCCUAGAAUCUGCUAGCCAUUGUCGUUCUCUCCCUCCUAGGAUUUUCAAAUUCUUUUGAGGUUGCCUCGUUGACUCCAUAUACAGUAUUUUCUAUUCGAUUCAUGGAUGAUAAUCUAAACGACGGGGAGACCUUGAAUGCUCGGAUUCAACAGGUGGAACGUGAGCGUGAUGAAUUGCGUAAAGAUAUUGAACAAUUGUGCAUGCAACAAGCUGGACCUAGCUACCUUGCUGUGGCUACUCGAAUGCAUUUUCAGAGGACAGCUGGCUUGGAGCAGGAAAUUGAGAACUUGAAAAAGAAGUUAGCUGCUUGCACAAGGGAGAAUUUUAAUCUUCAAGAGGAGCUUUCGGAGGCUUUCCGUAUAAAAAGCCAGUUGGCGGAUUUACAUGGUGCAGAGGUUUCAAAGAAUAUUGAAGCAGAGAAGCAGGUUAAAUUUUUCCAAGGUUGUGUUGCUGCCGCAUUUGCCGAACGGGAUCAUUCAAUAAUGGAGGCUGAGAAAGCUAAGGAGAAGGAGGAACUCAUUUCAAAUAAAUUUAACGAUUCCCAGAAGAGCAGGGUAGAAGAGCUUACCUUUGAUUUGUUUGAAGAAAAGAAACUCACUGCCACACUAGAGAUUGAUCUAGAGGAGCAGAAACGGCAGAAUGAGACUUUCAAAGAGGUUAUUGACAAGUUUUAUGAGAUCAGACAACAUUCUCUAAAGGGCUUUCUUGAGGAUACAAGUUGGGAAGAUAAAUGUGAGUGUCUUCUGCAUGAUUCAGCAGAAAUGUGGAGUGUCAAUGAUGAUGGGGAAACUUCUACCUCUAAGUACAUCAGUGCUAUUGAAGAAGAGGUGAAGAUUUUGAGAAAAUCUGUGGCUAACCUUCAAAACAAGCUACGGAUGGGGUUGGAAAUUGAAGAUCACUUAAAGAAGAGAGUUCGUGAAUUGGAAAAGAAGAGUCUUCUGUCAGAAGAAAUGAUCAAUAAGAGGGUAUCAGAAUUACUUAAAUACCAUUCUCAGUACGGAAUUCACAUUAAAAAAUUACUUGAUGAAGGAUAUUCCAAUCUCAAGUCAACUAUUGAUGUGAUAGAAGAAAAGAUAAGGCAGCUUGAUGUGGCCAGAGAACAAAAGUUGGAAUCUCCUCGGAAGGAUGUGAAGCUAGACGAAAGUGAAUGUCGAGAUGUACAUGUAAAUACUGAUACUGGCUCUGAUUUGAUCAAUCAGAGAAAUGAUCCCGGAUUACCAAACAUUUUGGCUAUUGGUUCUAGCGAUGUUUCUGAAGCCCUUGCUCAGGCAUUGCAAGAGAAGGUUUCAACUUUGUUGCUUCUAUCGCAGCAGGAAGAAAGGCAUUUACUAGAUAGAAAUGUCAGUGCAGCUCUUCAGAAAAAACUGGAGGAGCUUCAGAGAAAUUUACUACAAGUGACAAAUGAAAAGGUUAAAGCUCUUAUGGAGUUGGCACAAAUGAAGCAGGAAUAUCAACUGCUGCAAGGGAAAAUCAGUCACGAGACGAAACAAGGAAAACUUUCAACUGCUAUUGGGGAAAAAAGUAUUGUUCAGGGAAGAGAUGGAAGGUUAAAAAAUUUGCUGAAGAAAACAUAUCUUAGACGCUGGGUGGGUACACUAGAUCUUAAUGGAGGUGAAGCUGAAGCUCACCUGAAUUCUGAAGGCCUUGCCACAAACAGAAUGUCUAAUUAUAGCAUCGAUUUUGCUAGGAUGAAGGUUGAAAAUGCAACCCUUAAGGAGAGCUUGGAAAGUAUGGAUCAUCUGACAUCUUCAGUUCGAAGACUUCGUCUCUCACUCAUGAAGGUCAAAGAGUUGAUUACAUCUGAAGGUACCAUUACCAGCAUGUCAGACACUCUGGACAAUAUUGUUACCGAGGCAAACCUUGUGAAGACUGCCCUUGGCAGCUCCCUUCCUGUCAGUUGGUCAGCUGAGGUAGGUGUCAGAUCAUUUGGUGAAAGUUUUGGGGACGAGUCGGUUGAUCCUAGUGAGGACUCGGGUAGUGAGAAGGUGGAUUUUGUUUCUGCUGCCGGGUUUGAGAUGGUGGAGACCCUGAUACUUGCAGCUCAGGUACUGAAGGAUCAUACUACUAGAGGUUAUAGAGAUGAAAGUUGAUAGUGAGCUUGCUUUGGUCAUGCUUCCUGUAAUGAUUAUGAUAAAGCUGUAAAUAUUAUAUAUAGCCUGUGAUGGUUAAACCAUGAUUAUUCUUUUCUUUUUUCUAAUUUUCUUUCCUCAGAUUAUAUAUUUGCCUUGUAAAAAGGGAAUGGGGGUGAUAAAAUUGAACAUUUGUGUACUAUGUCAUUGUUUAUAAUAUUGUUCAAAUUUCAAUCCAA